AUGUCCAAGCCUCUUGUCCUCUACACUUUCCCGACACCCAACGGUGUCAAGGUGUCAGCUUUCCUUGAGGAAUUGAAGUCUGUUUACCCUUCCAUCGAAUACGACGUUGAGUCCAUCAACAUUUCAAAGAACACUCAGAAAGAACCGUGGUUUAUCAAACUCAACCCGAACGGUCGUAUCCCUGUGCUCGUAGAUCGCAGCCGGAAUAACUUUCCGGUAUUUGAGACUGGUGCGAUUUUGUUGUAUCUUCAGCAACACUACGACAAAGAGAACAAGUUUGGAUGGGACCCCAAGGUCGACCCUGAGGAAUAUAGUCAAACAUUGCAGUGGAUUUUCUUUGCUAAUAGUGGUGUGGGACCUAUGCAAGGUCAACUCAAUCAUUUCAUGAAGGCUGCCCCGGUGGACAUACCCUACGCCAAACAACGUUAUUACGACGAGACCAAGCGUCUUUAUGGUGUACUUGAGAUUCGUCUUAGUCAAGAUCGUGACUGGCUUGUCGGUCCAGGACGCGGCGUGUUCUCUAUCGCGGAUAUCAAUGCGAUAUCAUGGGUUCGUGUUCAUGUCUACGGCGGCAUCGAGUCAUUGGAUGAGUGGCCUAACGUCAAGAAAUGGGUUGAAGCUGCGCACGCGCGACCUGGGUUUUCUGCAGGUCUUGACGUGGGCAGGUCCUAG